GUGGAUGAAAUCUCAGGGCUCGUCGUGAAGGUACCGUACGGGUACAGGGCGAUUAGGACGCACAGAAAGCUGCCGAGGAGAGGCGAGCGGGACGGCGCCGCCGCGAGCGCCGCGCGGGAUGGGGUGACGUUGUCCCGUAAAGUUCGCUACGACGAAGGUGAGAGAUGCGUGAUGGAUAUUUACGUUCCAGAUGGCUUGGUUGCGGGCGCGAACGCGCCGGUGUCGCUCUUUGUGCACGGCGGCGUGUGGGCGAGCGGCGAGGCUUGGCAGUUUUCUCCGAUGGCGACGGCGCUCGCAAAGGAAGGAGUCAUUUGUUGUGUCGUCACGUACUCGUUGUUUCCGAGAGCCGAUGCGAUUCAAAUGUGGGAUGAAGUUUCGCGGGCGCUGUCUUGGACAUUGGAUAAUAUUGGUGAAUACGGCGGCGAUGCGAACCGCGUUUCCAUCGUCGGUCACUCGGCUGGGGCGCAACUGUGCGCCAGGGCGCUUCUACAGCGCGCGGGAGUGCAGAACGUGAAAUCGACGACGAAUAAGCGUGAGUGGCACGCCGAUGCGAGGAUGCCUCGGAAGUUUAUCGGCAUCGCGGGCGUUUAUGACGUUGGGUAUCAUUACGACUACGAAGACUCGCGCGGCGUCGCCAUCGUGAGCACGAUGGCACGAGCGAUGAAUGGAGCUGAAAACUUUGACGUGUGCAGUCCAGCACAGUUGAUGCCGCAGCGUAGUAAAACUGCUGAGCCCGCGAUUCCAGGGCCUACAGAUUUAGUGGGCGAUUCGAUGUCCAAGAUGGCUGGAUUCCACAGGAGAAGCGUAAUUGCCGCCGACGCGUCAACGGACGCUUUCAAUUUCCCGCCGACAGUCCUCAUGGCGGGCUGCGCCGAUAUCACCGUGCCGUGGCACGAGAGCGCGGACUUUUACUGGAGACUUCAAGACGCUGGGGUGUCGUCCAGGUUGCUAUUGUACCUAAAGGAGGGUCAUGUCGAUUUCGUGCUCAACUGGAAUGAAAAAGGCGGCGCAAAGAUGCCGGCAGAAGCGGAUCACUUGGAGCCUUACGCGCGUGAUUUUGUCCGCGUGUUGAAGGACUAG